GAAGGUCUGAGGCCUGUUAUGCCGCAGGGUCGACUAUAGAGGUGUAAAACACUUCUGGACUCUCCGAGUGAUAGACCUGCUCCUCUUCUACUUUGCCGCCCCCGAAAACGACUCAACUAUACUCUCAAGAUGCUUUCAAACAUGUCAGCAACUCCAUCGCGCGGCCUGUACAUGGGCUUGCUUGCAGCGCUAGGUGCCUGCCUCCUCCUGAAUCUAGGUGCUUUUGUCUACUCCAUAGGCAUCCUCCAGCGCGGAACACAGGCCUACACCUACCUCGAGGGAGACCGACCUCGGGAGCUCCCCCUCAAGGUCCGGACCAUCCAAGCCGCCUUCCAUGAUGACCCCGACUACUACGGGUUGGACGGCAUGCCAGCCUGGGCCGAGUGGAACGCCAUCCGGCCCCCAGGCAAGGGCUUCACCUUUCUAGGGGAGGAGCAUUUGGCAUUCGGCGUGUCCAUGUGGCACCAGAUGCACUGCCUGAAUCACAUCCGCUCGACGCUUCUCUAUGGCGAUGACGGGUCGGAUCACACGGCCCAUUGCUUUCACUACCUGCGUCAAGGCAUUCUCUGCGCCGCUGAUACGACCCUGGAGCCUGGGGGCGUGAUCAUGGAAGCGAAGAACGGGGACAAGGUCGCUACGGGCGUGGGUGUCUUGCAUACCUGCCGGGACUGGAGACAGGUGUAUGACUGGAUGGAGAAGGAUCACGAGACGUGGACGCCAGACAUGUAUGAGAGAAUCAAGGAAAGUAGUUAGACUGACAUGAGAUCAGAAAAGGUGCCAUUCAGAGCACAGGUCCAAUGGGAAUUGAGAGGCCAUUCGCAAACAUAGUCUAGGUAACCCUGUUCGUAUGGCCAUGUCUUCGAAAGUACAUAUAAAGUCGGUACUUUUGCAUGAAUCCCUUCUGCGUAG